UCCCGCUCACUGUGACACAUCACUAGUUUCUUUGUUACAUGUCUUUUUUAAUUUCUUUCUUGGUGUCAAAUGUUCUGCAAUUAUUGGAAGCUUAAAGUGGAUUGAAUAUUCAAGAUUUUACAUUUUGGACCUGGUGUCUUAUCAGAGCUGCCACCAAUUUUUUGCCAGUUUGCACUGCUUGUUCUCUUUUUUCAUGUCUUUGUUGAUUGUUUAACAAGUUUAUAAGCUCAAAUUCUCAUCAGGGUGUUGCAGUUCUUGGAUAGACAAUUGAGGGGAGAUAAAAUUGUGUUCCUGAUUUAGAUAGAGAGACAGUCUUACUAGCAUUGACGGUCGAGGGGAAUAAAACAAUGGCCCCAGGAGGUAUCAUCAACAAGGAAGAGAUCGAGUCACGCAUUGCGUACUUGGAUCAUGAUACGGGCCAUCCGGCGACUUCUAAUGCUGAGUUAAGAGGCUCCCCUUUUAGAAAAGCUGCAACACCUUCCACUGGGAAUCCUGGAAAACAAUCAACUAGUAACAUGCAAGACCUUCUUGAUUGUCCUGUUUGCUUCACUAUAAUGUAUCCUCCAAUUUUCCAGUGUCCAAAUGGCCACACUCUAUGUUCACACUGCAGGGCCAGAGUGAAGAACUCUUGCCCAAUUUGCCGAGGAGAACUAGGAAAUAUAAGGUGCUUGGCUCUGGAGAAAAUUGCCGAGUCAAUAGAACUCCCCUGCAAAUACCAAAGUAUGGGAUGUUGUGACAUAUUUCCCUACUACAGCAAGCCAAAACAUGAAAAGAACUGCAAAUAUCGCCCAUACAACUGCCCUUAUGCUGGAGCUGAAUGUUCUGUCACCGGUGACAUCCCGCUCCUUGUCAAGCAUCUCAGAAACGAACACAAAGUUGACAUGCAUGAUGGAUGCACCUUCAAUCACAGAUAUGUCAAGUCUGAUCCCCGAGAAAUCGACAAUGCCACAUGGAUGUUAACUGUUUUCAAUUGUUUCGGCCGACAGUUUUGCCUGCACUUUGAGACAUUUCAUCUAGGAAUGUCACCUGUUUACAUGGCCUUCCUGAGAUUCAUGGGUGCAGAAGAUGAGGCAAGAGAAUUUAGUUACAGUCUUGAAGUUGGUGGAAAUGGUAGAAAGCUUACAUGGCAAGGAGUUCCGAGAAGUAUCCGGGAUAGCCAUCAGAAAGUUCGAGACAGCCAAGAUGGACUGAUCAUUCAGAGAAACUUGGCACUUUUCUUUUCUGGAGGGGAACGGCAGGAGUUAAAACUGAAAGUUUCUGGACGGAUAUGGAAAGAACAGUGAGAUAUAACAUAGAAACUUAAUGUACUUGGAAAAUAAAUGGACGAUAGGAAAUUUAUAUGCACUGUAAAUAAGUAGCAUAAGUUGCUUACAAUUUUAAGAGAAUUAAAUUCGUCUAUAUGACAGGUUCAAGUGGGCAGCUAUCUUUUCAGAUU